CAACUGUAGCACUCUGUGCAUUAAUGUCCAUUCGUAUUGUGUAGCCAAAGGGUGAAAUUUAUUAGAUGUCGUUGCAUGAGAUCCAUACGAAGCUUACAGGCUGCUUGGAAGUUACGUACAGAUAUUUACGUUAUUUACUUUUGAUGAUGAUAGUAAACGACUAAUUUUAUAGCUUCCCUUUUCAAAUUAAUAAAACGGCACCUACAACUACAAGCAUAAUGAUGCGCGACAUCAAUUUUAGCAGUGCACAAGAAAAGGUUCACAAUGACCUUUGGAAACCUGAAACGACGGCGGAAUGUCUACAGCGCACCUUUGUGAGCAGAAUCUGUGCAGACGUAAUCAAUGAGCUCAUUCCAAAUCUGCUGGAAUUCAAAUACAAACAACGCCCAGCAAAAGCAAUCCUAAAAGCAUGGACUACACUGGAUCCCGACAUCAGUGCUAGGGAUAACUGUAAUCAGACCCAAAAGAUAUACCUGGCCAUUAUAGAUGCAAAGGCUGAAUGGGCCAGCUUGAUCCGCGAAAACUGCUGGAUAAACGAGAAGUGUUAAGUCCUGCAUCUGUAUGCAGACCGACGGAAAAAUUAAAAAGUACUUAUAUCCAGUGCAAACCUUUCAUCACGUCAUAGCUUUAGAUCAGAAUGGAAAAAGACGGAAUUAGCGCUAUGAUGAAACUGGCAGAGGACGAGUUAUCUAAAAUUCGCGGUACUAAAUUGUCGACCGCUGCCCAAGCGGAAGCAGCCGUUGCAAAAUCCGCUCCAGAGUAUCCACCCCUGAUCAAUGGCACCUUAACAGAAGAGAAGUUUCAGAAGUGGUUGAUUCCGAAUGUUCCUUUGCGGUCUCUAUAGUGCCUUCAGUUUGGCGACAGUUUUUUUUUCAUAAUGCUUAACCUGCUCCGUUGUAAUUUUUGGUUUAAUUACAAAUGGAAGAACCUCCUGCACAAGCCAGAAAGGUCAUAAUCUAAGAUGAUUACCAUGGCUGAUAAAUCUAAUCGAUCCUGGGCCUUGAAUGGCGCCGCAAAGUCAUGAUUGUUUACUUAUAUUUUACUUUGGAAGCAAAUCCAGAAGUUUGGAAAACCAUGGCGGGCACUGAAUUGGCUCUGGCAGCAAUGCCAGAAGAUGAUCACGAUCAGGAUGGAGAACUGUUGUCAGAUUCCGUUCAUAAUUUACGCAUGACUCGUGCCAUUGGAUUUAACGGCAGCGUACACGAUGGUCUCCAUGUGCACAACGACGGUGUACAUAUAAUCUAUCCAGUGGGCAAUUCCUUGAUUGUUUUUGAUACAAAAACUCACAAACAAACUAUUUUAUCCGGACACAGCAACACAAUAUCCUGUGUAGCACUCUCGCCGUCCGGACGAUAUAUAGCGUCUGGGCAAGUAAACCAUAUGGGAUUCAAGGCGGACGUUUUUGUUUGGGAUUUUGCUACGCUGACACCACGUGGAAGACAUGCACUGCACAAGGUCAAAGUUGAAGCCGUAGUGUUUUCUGAAAAUGAUAAAUAUUGCUGCUCAAUGGGAGGCCAGGACGACGGAAGUGUGGUAAUAUAUGAUGUGCUGAAUCGUCGUGCUCUUUCCGGUCUGCAAGUACCUCGCACAGUUCAAGGCGUUCCCAAUAAGUUUGUGGCGCUUAACCACCGUGACGAUAUCUACUUGGCAGUCGGACCAGGUAUCAUCCGAGUGUGGGAAUUCAGAGCCGAAGAAAAUCGCCUAGCAUACCGGAAUUGUUGUUUGGGUUUGAUUCACCGCACAAUCGAGACAGUUAAAAUUAGUCCGGAUGACCACUUCAUGUUAUGUGGCACUCGAAGCGGCGAUAUCAUGCUGGUCGAACUCGAUUUUGUUGAUGGCAUUAUGCAACCGCGGCUUAUAGAAAGCGUCGGGCGCUAUUUGCCAACCGAACGGCAGCGCCAAAAAGAAUCUUCCUGGUACGCCAAUGGCGUAACCGCGCUUUUCCUCCCAAACGAUCGCCCCAAUGUGAUUUUCUUGGGCACCGGCAAUGGGUGGUUAUAUGAAGCACGCAUCGUAAAAAGUGCCGUGCGCGAUCCCAUUAAGACACGCCAUGGUAUGACCCGUUCAGAACCUAAUCCAAAGAAUGUUCUUGAUCCCAUCAGAAGCGCACAACUUCACGGCGAAAUUACGAGCAUCAUCCCCGUUCUUUCCAAGAAAAUGGUUUAUGUAGGCACAUCAGCGUCCAGCAUUCACCGUUUUGAUUCGGAGAACUGGGCGAAUUAUGAGCUGAUCUUUACUGCAAAUCACGGACAAGUCAUGGGAGUUGCGUUUCCGUAUGAGUUUUCUGGAGUUUUUGCAACUGCCGGGCAAGAUUUUGUCCGCUUAUGGUCAGCGGUUGAUGGCCGGGAAAUGCUUCGAUUGGAAGUGCCGAACGCUCUGUGCAAUGUCGUUGAUUUCAUGCAAGACGGACACAGCAUCGUGUCGGCAUGGAGUGAUGGUCGCAUUCGAGCAUUUAGUCCGGAAUCCGGAAGGUUAAUCUAUGAAAUUUUUGAUGCGCAUCCCAAAUCGGUAACAGCUAUGGCUACGACAUCCGACUGUAGCCGCAUAGUAACCGGCGGGAAAGAAGGACAAGUUCGAGUGUGGCUGGUUACAACUUCUGGUCACAAAAUGUUGAAUUCGAUGCAUGACCACAAAGGGCUGGUGUCCUGCAUUCGGAUGAAUCACGAUAGCACGAAAUGUGUCAGCUCAAGCGAAGACGGGACGUGUGUCAUCUGGGACCUAGAGAGGUACACUAGAUUCCAGAUGGUCUUUGCCAAUACAUUGUUUAAAUGUGUGGUAUUUCACCCUGUGGGAUGUCAAAUUUUGACCUGUGGAACAGACCGAAAAAUCGCAUAUUGGGAAGCAUUUAAUGGACAGUUAUGCCGCCACAUAUACGGGUCACAGCAAGGAGCAAUUAAUGCGUUAGACAUUACUGAUGAUGGAAAAUACAUCGUGACUGGUGGGGAUGAGCGCACUGUGAAGAUCUGGCGCUAUCAUGAUGGACGCCUGGUUUCGGUGGGAAAAGGUCACAGCGGUACAAUUACGGCUUUAAGGAUAUCGCCCGACAAGAAAUUUGUUUGCUCAGUCAGCAUUGACGGCGCUGCAUUGCAGUGGGACCUUGCUGCUAUGAUCGUUCAAGAUGCUUCGCAUUUUGAUAAAGACUCGCAUGUGUAAGAUUUGCAAAUUAUUUUUGAUUUAUAUUUUCAGUAUCCUUGCAUGCCGUUAUUGAAACGUUUUUCUCUGGUGAUACUUUACUCCGCAUUUGAGUAUCUAGUCGAGGCGAUGCCGGAGUGAAAAAUAUGACCGACAACGAGUUUUUAAAGCAAUUAAACACAAUUCUUAUUGUUAGGAAAACUUCCAUUAUUAACGGCAACUGCAAAAAUUUGAUAAAACUGGUUACUGUUCAAAAACUCUUG